CCCGACCAGGCAGCGGGGACGGCAGCUGCGCCCGGGGACGGGGAGGACGGCAGCAUUGGGGACAAGGACACCCGCGUCCCGUCCCCACCCCCGGCGCCCGCCGUCGGCCAUGGGGAACGGCAUGAGCCAGAUCCUUCCUGGCCUCUACCUUGGGAACUUCGUUGAUGCCAAAGACCUGGAGCAGCUAAGCAGGAACAAGAUCACCCACAUUGUUUCCAUUCAUGAAUCCCCCCAGCCCUUGCUGAAGGACAUUACCUACCUCCGCAUCCCCCUGCCUGACACCCCUGAAGCCAACAUCAAGAGGCACUUCAAGGAAUGCAUCAGUUUUAUCCAUCAGUGUCGCCUGCAUGGAGGGAACUGCCUCGUCCACUGCCUGGCUGGCAUCUCCCGCAGCACCACCGUGGUGGUUGCCUACGUGAUGGUUGUGACGGAGCUGAGCUGCCAGGAGGUGCUGGAUGCCAUCCGAACCAUCCGGCCUGUGGCCAACCCCAACCCCGGCUUCAGGCAGCAGCUGGCUGAGUUCAGCGGCAGCGCAGCCCGCAAGGUCCGCAGGCACCUGAAGCAGAAGUAUGGGAUGUCCCCUUUCAAUGAUGAGGAAGAAAUAAAGGCCUUGUUGCCAGUAGGGAGAGAAGGAACGUCCAGGACAGAGGGAGCUGUGCAAGGACUGGUCCCAAGAGCCAGAGACAUGAGGAGCACAAGCCCCUUCCUGCUGCGGGUGAAGAGGACGUUCUCCUGCAUCCCGGCUUGUCUGAAGGAAAGGGAAAGUGAAAGCCGGAGCCGCUUUCGGUUUCGCCGCCGGGCCGCGAUGGCGGAGCCGGGGGCGCCCAUGCGGCUGAAGGAGUGGCUGAUCGCGCAGAUCGACAGCGGCCGGUACCCGGGGCUGCGCUGGGAGAACCGGCAGAAAACGCUCUUCCGCAUCCCCUGGAAGCACGCGGCCAAGCAGGACUACCGGCAGCAGGAGGAUGCUGCGCUCUUCAAGGCUUGGGCCAUCUACAAGGGGAAGUACCACGAAGGGACGGACAAGGCCGACCCCUCCACCUGGAAGACGCGGCUGCGCUGCGCCCUCAACAAGAGCACCGACUUCCAGGAGGUGCCCGAGCGGAGCCAGCUGGACAUCUCCGAGCCUUACAAGGUGUACCAGAUCGUGACUGACAGAGCCUGUGAUGCAGAGGACAGUGACACACAGUCCCCAGGCAGUGAGGACCAGCAGGUGAGCCUGCCCUGUGCCAUCCAGGCAGGGGAGAAGGGCAGCACUGCAGGGAGUCCGAAGAAGGAGGAAAGCCAGAAGGACAUGCUGGAGCGUGCCCAUGUCUCUCCACAGCCCUGGCUCUCUGGCCACCCCACCGAGCGAGGGUGCCUUGUGAGGGGAGUCUUCUAUGGCUGGAGCCCAACCCAUGGCCAGCUUCUUCCCGGACCCCAGUCCUACCUCCCUGUGGAGGAUGUCAACAAUUCAGACUGCUGGCUGCACAUCCGCCUGUACUACUGCGAUGUGCUGGUGAAGGAGGUGACCACGCGCACGGCCGAGGGCUGCCGCAUCACCACCAGCGCCGUGCCGGCCGACAGCGAGCGCCUCUACGGCCCCUCCUGCAUGGAGCAGAUCCAGUUCCCCCCACCGCAGGUGCUCAGCGGCCACGGCCGUGUGGCCUGCAUGACCAACGUGCUGGAGAGGCUCUUGCCCCACCUGGAGCGCGGGGUGCUGCUGUGGGUGGCACCUGAGGGGGUCUUCAUGAAGCGCCAGUGCCAGGGCAGGGUGUACUGGAACGGGCCCCUGGCCCCGCACAAGAACUGGCCCAACAAGCUGGAGAGGGAGAGGACUUACAAGCUGCUGGACACGCAGCAGUACAUCCAGCAGGUGCGGGAGUACCUGAGCAAUGGGCAGCUUCUGCCUCAGUACCAGAUCUACCUGUGCUUCGGGGAGGAAUACCCCACCAGAGCUGGGCACCCCUUCCAGAAGCUCAUCAUGGCUCACGUGGAGCCGGUGUUCGCUCGAGAGCUCUUCCAUCACGCCCAGCGCUUGAGGCCAACCCUGCUCUGCAAUUCUCCCCAGCCCUGUGCCCCUGGCACCUCCAGCCACGUUCUCCAUGUCCUCAAACAGCUCUGCCAGCCCUGAACUGGGUGGGAGAGGAGAGCCCAGUUGCCAUAAAGUCUCAGAGAGGGAGGCUCUGAGCCCCAUGGCUCCAUUCCAGCUGCGUGUCCCAAAGCAGAGUGCUCAGGGUGCUCAAUGUGUGGGACCAGACAAGGACAGACGUUAGCUGGGUGGGCAGGUGCUGCUGCCCCUGUGAUUGCUGUAUUUAUUCCCCAGGAGUCUCUCAGGUGGGGUUUGUUGUGUGCCUAUUCAGCAAGCCAGGGCAGACCUGGCUCUGUCCUUGCACCUUGCGCUGCCAGGACUCGCUGUUGCAAACCUUAGAAAUAAAGGUUGUGUUUUCUUA